AUGCCAGAAAAUUCGUUAAAGGAAGAAAACAAAAAAGGAGAUAAAGAUCGAGAAAUAAUUCUUUUGGGAUUAUUAAAUUUAGAUUCUUUAUAUGGAGAAAAUUGGUUUGAAGAAAAAGAAAAAAUUAAAAAAGAUAUAGAAAAUAAAGCUGUUAAAUUAAAUCAAGCAUUUAAAUAUCCAUCCAUAUUUUAUGAACAUUUUGAAUUCUUAUCUUCUGAUGAAUAUAAUUAUGUAAAAAAUAAUUAUAUAUACAGUGCCAUACUUAUAUAUAACCCUAAUAUUUCUAAUAAACAUAAUAUUCAAAACAAAAAAAACCAAGGAUCAAAAAUUAAAAUUUGUUAUAAUGGUGUGGUAGACUCAAAUCAAGGCCAAGAACAUACAGCAACACAACAUACAACUGAAAAAAUGAAUUAUGAGCAGAGAAGUCAUUCAAAAAAUGAAUCAGUAGAUCAUUCAAAAAAUGAAUCAGUAGAUCAUUCAAAAAAUGAAUCAGUAGAUCAUUCAAAAAAUGAAUCAGUAGAUCAUUCAAAAAAUGAAUCAGUAGAUCAUUCAAAAAAUGAACCAGUAGAUCAUUCAAAAAAUGAACCAGUAGAUCAUUCAAAAAACGAACCAGUAGAUCAUUCAAAAAAUGAACCAGUAGAUCAUUCAAAAAAUAAUUCUAAAGAUUGUCUAAAUCAUGAUGAAAAACACCAUGCCGAUGGUAAUCACGAUAAAAAAAAAGAAGGCAUAGGAGUCCUUGUUAUAACAUGUAAAAAAAUGGAAAAAGUAAAAAUGAAACAUUUACUUAUAAAAAUGUUAAAAAAAGAAAUAAAAGUAGAAUCGGUUGUUCUUAAAUAUAAAGAAAAUAUACCACAUCUUCCUAAAUCGAAUAAUGAAAAUAAGCAAAAACAAACUGAAAUUAAAUAUCUUGAUAAAGAAGAAAAUAUCUCUUCUCCUUUUAUGUUAAACAAAAAUUUCGACGUCAAAAGAAAUAAUUUUUUCAACAUGACAGCUUAUAUAUAUGGCUCGUCGAACAUUCUGGCCAACACCAGUCUCGUACAGAGAGAAUACUGCGAUGAUGAGUGGGCAGAAAAAUUAAGAAAAACGAAAAAAGAAAAACACGAAAAUAAUCAAAGUACUGAUAGUUUUUCUAAUAAUAUAUUAAUUAGGUCCUUCACCUCCUUGUUCAAAAAAUGA